AUGUUUUUUCUUAAGAAUUCCGUCUCAUUUGUCUGCAAAUCAACAAGAUUUUUAAACAUACAAUCAUCUAGAAAUUGUAGUUCUUCACUUUUCAUUUCCGGUAAUAAAGCUUCCGUAACAUUUUCCUACGUUUCUCCGCAUCUUGAUUUUGACAGUAGAUUUAAUGACAUAGAAAAAUUGAAAAAAGAACUAUUCUUAAGAGGAAUAAAAAUUAAUGUUGAAGAAUUAAAAGAAACUUGGGAAUUUUAUAAACGAAUUGAAAAAGAUAAAAAUUUAUUAGACAAUCGUCGAUUGGAAGUUAGUGAGAAAAUUAAAAAUUUAAUGAAUUUAAAGGAACUCACUCAAGAGGAGCAGGAAAGAUUAGUAGCUCUAAAGGCGCAAGCAACAAUUUUAAGGCAAGAUUUAAAAGUCAUUAAGGAAUCAUUGUGGGAGGUGGAAGAUUGUGCAGUUCUACGAGCUCUUAAAUUACCAAAUGUUGUUGAUGAAAGAACACCAGAAGAAACGUCAGUUAUUUUAAAAGUUGUUGGUGAACCUGUCAAUAUUUUGCCGAAGAACAGAAAACAUCAUCUCGAUAUUGGAAAUGAUUUUGGUAUUUUAGAAUAUAUAAAUCCGUUACAAUAUUAUUUGUGUAAUGAAGCCGCACUUUUUGAACUUGCAACUUUUACUAUUUGCGGAGAAAUACUUGGCAAGGAUUUUACCAAAAUUGCAGGUUCAGACUUCAGUCGUAGUCUUGUAGUUGAAGGCUCAGGAUUGAGUUACGACAAUCCAAAUGAAUCCUUCAUUCUAUCGAGUAAUGCCGACUCUGUUAAAAAUUCAUUAAGUCGAUUACAUCUCGUUGGUGGAGCGAGUCUAGUCUCAUUACUUUCAUUUCACACAAAACAGAUAAUUGACGCAAGCAAUUUCCCCCAACGUUAUUUUGCUACCGGAAAACAAUACACACCUCUAACUAAAAAUAUUGAAUCAAUGGGUCUUUUCACCGUUUGUCAAACAUCUGCUGUACAUGUCUUCUCCAUGGUUCAAGAGGUUGAAAGUGAUGAGUACAAACUCGAAUUCGACAAAUUAAUGGAAAAGGCAACAGAAUUUUACGACAAACUUGAAAUCCAUUACAGAAUCGUAAAGAGAUCGGCAUCUGAGUUACAUUCAGGGGAGAGUCUUAAAGUUUCCUUUCAACUUUGGUCUUCAUUUAAUCAAGAGUACGUCGAAGUUGGCUUUAUUUCGGCAUACGGCGAUUUUAUCAGUAAACGUUUGAUGAUUGAGUGUAAAAAUGUGAGUGAACAAUCAUUUCCAGGAAUUAUUUCUGGAACGAUUGUCUCUGUACCAAGAUUACUUGCUUGCGUGUUAGAGCAAAAUCCAGAUAAACUGGAAAUGCCUAAGAUUAUUCAGUUGUGUAUGCAAAGAGACUUUCCAAUUGUGUAAGGAACCAAAUUUCUAUUAAUUCAAAAAAGACAAAAAAAUUUUUGUUAUCAACUGUUUUAUUGUACAAUACAAUAUUUUUAUUUUGAAA